AAAAUGCCCUCAAAUACUUUUUUCAAAUUUCCCAAUCUCAUCAAAUGCAACAUCACUUGCCGGCUAAAACCCCUUUAAGCUCAGAAAUGCUCCGGUCAAUACUCCGAACCACAGCCACGGCGGCGAAAUCCCACCGUACCACCUCCGUUGACCUCCGUAUUUCGGCAGUAUCAGUCACAGCAUCUUCUAGAACCUUCGCAGCGGGCCAACACCGGAAAAAACUCAAUCUCCGACCCGAUAUCAAACCCGACAAUGCUCCUUCAGGAGCCAAAGCUGCUGAAACACUCAAUAAGGAGCUUCGUGCACGCGCUCUUAAAGAAGAUGAGAAGGAUAAAUCAGUCGAUGUUGGUCCAAAUGGUCGUCCAUUAUUCACUUCCGCAACUUCUAUUUCUGAGCUUACGAAAAAAGAUACGUGUACUUACAUGAAAUUCAGGAGGGAAGAGCUGGAGAGCGUUUUGCCGGAGGGAUUACCAACAGGGAUGCUUAAGGAAUUCAAUGACUCUAUGAGAGAUGCAUUGCUAAUACGCCAGAGUUUUCUGGAUCUUCGAGAUAAUUUUAGAAGGGUUGUUGAUCCUACUUUGCAAUCUAAUGCUAAAGGACUCAAAACUCGAAAGCAAGUUGUAUUAGAUGGGGCUGUAAGUUGUGGAAAGAGUAUUGCCCUCGCAAUGCUUGUUAAUUGGGCGCGUGAUGAGGGUUGGCUAGUUCUUUAUGUUCCUAAAGGCCGAGAAUGGACUCAUGGAGGCUUUUUCUAUAAAAAUCCUAAAACAGGAUUGUGGGAUACUCCUGUGCAAGCAGCAAAUGCUCUCCAGGAUUUCUUGAAGUAUAAUAAGGAUCACCUCCAGAAGUUCCCCUGCAAAAAUUUUGAACCUAUUCCACUGGGAGAGGGAGCUGGUGUUGGAUGGAUGAAGGGUGCUGAUGUGGUACAAAUACCAGAAGAUUAUACUUUGUUUGACCUGGUUCAGGUCGGGCUUAAUUCCACUCACGCUGCUGUUGGUGUGCUAGUUCGUCUGAGGGAAGAAUUAUCCCUUGUGAAGGACAUGCCUGUUCUUAUUGCAGUUGAUCAAUACAACAGUUGGUUCACAUUUAGCGAGUAUCAGGAGCCAGUGACUGUUCGUUCUUGCCGACCUAUUCAUGCUAGAGAACUUGCAACUGUGAAUGCAUUUAGGUCCAUGAUUCAUGACAAUAUGAUGGUGGGUGCUUUCUCACAUUCAACUGCUGUAGGGAAGCUACGGCAAGACUUACCAGAUGUUCCUGCAGAUGCUCGCGUCAACUUCCCACGAUAUAGUCUAGAUGAAGCUGCGUCUGUUUGUCAUUACUACCUUAGACAACGACUCAUUCAGCGAGAGGCAUUUACAGAAGAAAACUGGAAGAAAAUCUAUUAUCUGUCAAAUGGAAAUGGCACUGAAAUAAGAUGGCUGGUUCCUUUCAUGCGAUGAACCACAAAGAAUCAAAAAGUCAACAGAUUGACAUUGAGAUUUUAAAAGAAAAAUUAUUGCAUCUGUCUGUGCUCUGUGAAUCUGGUCAUCUUCAGCGAAUAAUCUGGCUGCUUUCUUGACCAACUGUCUAGUGAAAACAGUGAGGUUUACUUCUUGAAAUUUUGCUCUGUAAUCUAAGGCUAGUUCAGGCAUAUAUUGCCUGUGUUUGUAUGUUGUGAUAUCCAGAACAUUGUCACAGAUUUCAUAUAUACAUCAUUACACUAGGCUAUUGUUCUUUUGCUUCCAAGGAAUUUCAUUUGUACCAAGUGAGAUUAUAUUUUC